AUGCCGUCGCCCUUAAUCGCCUGAUCCACAUCCUCCAUCUUGCGGGGCUGAACAUCGACCUUCCACCUUUCCGUCCUUUGCUGAUCACGCCGGCGACUGUUUAUGAUUCCCCUGAAUUCCCCUCCCCGAAAUGACCUCCAGAGGUGACUCCGCGGGGUCCGCUCGCCCGCGAUCUCGUCGCUCCAUCGCUCAUGUCCCCCGAUCCAAGUUGACCGCCGGUCUGGACAAGGAGAAUACUUCGACCGAUGUCAGCGCCUCACAGCCUGUGGCUGGUUCUGCGAAACUGCCGGGUAAGGAUAAGAAAUCCCGCAGUAAGAGUUUGGGACCCGGCGGUUUAGAUGCGCUCCAGGACUCCAAUGGCAACCGACGCAAGUCUACCGCAGCUCUGCCGCUGAAAUCCAUCCUAAAACCUACAGUCCCCGUAUCUCCGGUACGGAAUAUUCCUUCGUUCGAGGAAACGCGCCGACGAACCCCCGCCAAGGGCGCACAUCAGAGUCAAUAUGACUGGAAUGUGAACAAUGGGGGCAGCGAAGGCCUGCUGAUAGAUCUCAAUACCCCCGCCCAUCCGUCAGCGCCAUCGAGCUCCGAAGAACGCGCCAACCCUUUCGAUGGAUUCAAUGCAGAGGCGAUUCGCGAUGAAAUGGCUGCGGCAAGAGAGCGCGAAGAACAGGAACGACGAGAACGAGAACGGAAGGCUGUUCUGCAGCAGAGAGAAGCCCGCCGAAAAUCCAUGGCAAAUCGCCGAGUAUCUUUCGCACCAGAGGCAACAUUGCACACGUGGAAUGUGGUGGAAAUCCCCGACGACUCGACUUCAUCCUCUACCUCCAAUUCUACCCGCCGCGCAUCGUCUUUAGCGAAUGCCGAAGCACAAGAAGCUGCACAGGCGCCGCAAACCGAACCGGCCUCCUCACCCAACAGCUAUGCCGAGUUCGACAUUGCCUUCUCCCCCGUACAAUACCCUGACCUCGAGCGACUGAAGAACGGCCCGUCGCAUCCGGGUUACGAUGGAAUGGGAUCUUCUCAGGACAUGUCCUCAAGUCCCUUCAGUGAAAGCUCCGUGGAUGGCACAGAAGACGUCGGAAUGCAGGAUUCUGCCAGGGACGAUGACGAUGACGAUGACGAUGACAACUCAUCCACUUCCGGCUUCGAUGGAGAAAGCACGGCGAUGAGCCUGGACGAUAUGACGAUGCGGUCGGCCGCGACCGCACAAUCCGAUGCCUCGGAGAGCACCACUUCCAGCAAUCGGUUGAACAACGCUCUACGGCAGGCCGCCCAAGAGGCCGGAACACAAAGCUUCGACGACGAGGAUGGGGAUAUGUCGAUGGAAAUCGCCGACCAAGAAAUAACUGGAGCUUUCCAACCCUGGAUUAAGAAGGGCGAGAGACAAAGUUUUGACUGGGAAGACCUAGACGCCCCUCAGGGUCAGGAAAAUGUCGAUCAGGCCAACCAAGCAGUGGAGGAUACAGCGUUCACCGAUGCAAUCAGUGAGAUGGAAGACGAUGACCUCAGUAUGGAAGUUACGAACGCCAUUGGGGGCAUUCUGUCUAAGCCACCGCCCAGUCGCCGUCAAAGUGUCGCUCGUCGGAAGUCCACAUCCGAGGAGACCAGCUACGACGAACAAACGAUGGAGCUCACCAACGUAGUGGGAGGUAUCGCACAAGCCCCCUCUCCUGCGAAAUCUAUCGGCGCUGAAAGCAACGUGAAUGAGGAUGAGGAGAUGACUAUGGAGUUUACGUCUGUGGUUGGUGGAGUGCUGAAGAAAUUCGCUCCGGGCUAUAACCCCGAUGGAGAAAGCAGCGCUCAGCCAGACUCUGCUGAUGGAGCGCAGAACUUGCCUGAAUCGGACAAUGACGAAGAGCCCAUGGAAGAGGGCGCAGAAAUGGAAAUAACCGGUGCUGUUGGCGGCAUUCUUCCGGCGACUGAAGAGCAAGAGGACCUCCCACAAGAAGAAGAUGGAGAUGAUGGCGACGACGACCAGACUGCGGGUAUGGAAGUUACCACUGCCAUGGGUCAAAUCUUGCCCCCUGAAGUGGAAGCCGAGGACAAGGACCAAGCGAAAAAGGUGAUGGAAAUGGAAUCCGACGCCGGUCAACUGGGUAGCUCUCCUAUCCGAGAGAGCGUGCCACAGUCUCCCGCCAAAUCUCCCGUCUCUUUCCACGUCGCCGCUGUUGCCUCGGAGAGCGGUAGCCCUAGUUUGGCCAGUGUACGGUCUCGACGCACGAGGCAGAGUUUGAGUCUUGAAGCGCCAAACACGCCAACUUCGCACACGCCUGAAAUGUCACAAUCGAAGACGUCCGUAACGCCUCCCAAACAGUUUACGCCGCAGCUCAGCCGUCCAGAGACCCCAGGGAAAACUCCCCCAUCGAGCAACAGGAAGUUUCCAAGCGCGUCCCCUAAGAAGCUGUUUCAGCCCGAGCUUCAGGGCUCAGCACAUAAGCCGAAGUCUCCUGGCCGCAAGAGCCUGUUCGGUGCCAGCGCUACAGGGGAAUCAACGCCUCUCUUCGUUCUCCAGCCUCAUGGAAAGAGACGUUCCUCUGGGCUUGGAAUUGACAAGGAAGGGCUUGGUUCCCCUCGAGUGGCGGCUAUGUUAGACAAGCGCCGAUCAAUUGGUGAGGAAGCCCCGGAGUUUGUUCCUCAAGCCCAGCCCCAUCAGGGAGUACGCUUCGAAGAUCCCGUGAAGCUCCACGAAGAGGUUGACCGCGAGCGCGAGGAAGAAGAGGACCGAGAAGACGGUCAUAUUCCUCCUCUCCAGGAUGCUACGUCGAACCUGAAAGACAUGAUCUCGAGUCUCACGCCGAAGAAGAAUAAACUUAAGGGCCGGAAGAGUUUGCAUGUUGGUGCAGCUCGCGGCCUUCUUGGCAAACGACCGGCAGAGCUGGACCAAGACGAUGAGGAGCUAGACAAUACGCCCAAACGUUUUAGAAGUUCCCAGGCCAGCCCGGUGAAGAGCAUCAAACUUCCUGCACCUCCCACGAAGGAUGAAACCGUGGGCCGUCGGUCGUCGCCCCGUAAGACCAUUGGCACCUCAACGCCGUCUAAAUCACCUCUGAAGAUGACCACAACGCCUACGCAAGAGCCACAAAGCAACCCAGCCGUUGAAGACCUGGCGGAAAAUGCUACGCCCCGUUCUGAGCCCGCGGAUGAUACUCCUGCUGAAGAACCGGAACCGGAGUUUGAACCAAUUCAGCUGCAGGACUUUUUGAACAUGACCAACAUUCAUUUCAUGGAGCUGAACACUACGAAAAGACGUCACACAACAGCGCCCGAUAGUGCUCGUAAAAGAGCGGCUAGACUUUCCAGCGAGAACGGUGAUAGGUCCAGCGCCGCCAAUUUCGAGGACUGUGUUGCUGCUGGUGUCUGCACCGUGCCUAUGCUGGAAUUAUACCAGCAUUCGUGUCGGGAGUUGAAAUCAUACAUCUCGGAGGGCAGGCAGGUCAUUCGUUCCAUCGAGACGGAGACAUUUGCCGACAACCCACCCCUAUUCCGGGAGUACAUGAACGCGGCUCCUGAUAUCCGCCUUCUGAUGGAUAACCAGUUCCGAAACGUGAAGACGCAUGCUCGACUGCUUAGCAAAGCUACGUGGUACGAGUGGCGGAUGAAAUUGCUUGAGGGCCUGAAAGACGGUCUGGGUCAUCACGUUGAGGAAAUGAAGGCCGACGAAGACCGUCUGUCGAAGCACGAGACGCUCCUGAACGAAGUCGUGCCUGCGCUUGUCGAGAAGCAUGCUGCCCUCGAGGGAGAGGCUACAACCUUGCAACAAUUGGCCGACGAGAUGGAGAACUGUGACCAGGACGAGCUGCGCGGUGCGCGGGAAAAGCUCUCUACGGUCGAGGAAGAAAUCGAAGCGAAGAAAAAGCAGCUGCAGCAAAUGCAAGAUGAGGUUCAAGACAAGACCAAUACGAUUGAAGCCGGUUCAGAGCUUAAGGCUGAGUUUGUGGCUCAAAUCGAAGAAGCAGAGCGGGUCAAGGCAGAAUGCCGUGGCUGGAGCGCGAAGGAGAUCAGCGAACUGAAGAACUCGGUACACAAUAUUGAGCGCCAAACAGGCUGGUCGAUCGUCUCUGCAGCAUCUUCUCCCUCCACGCCCCCAGGCCCGGUGGUCACAAUGUCCUAUCGGGAACAGCUCGAGCUCACCUUCCACCCCGGAGCUUUCUACAGCGACAAGGACGCCGAGCAAUCCUCUGACGCCAAAAUGGGCGCCCCCAUCGAACUGAGAUACCAUCCUCGCAGCGGAGCCAAAGCCACAACCCAACCCCCCAAGCUCUCAUCCAUCGCGCUGCUCGUCUUGAAAUCCCUCCAGCACCACAUCGCCAGCAUCCAGCAGCCCAAGGUCGCGCCCAAGCACCUCCUCCGCUUCAUCUCCGAGGCAUGGGACCUCAUGCUCAACCUCGAAGAGGAGGCCCGCAUGCUGGAAUUCUGCGGCGUCACGAAGCUCAAACUCUCCGAAUCCGACGACCACCCAUCCCUCCGCGCCCGCUGCACCCUCCUCCAAACCCUCCCCGCUGCAUCCAACCCCACCAAGAAGACCUCCUCGCCUCGCAGAAUCGACGUCGACUUCGCCGUCAAGACCCGCGUGGUCCCCCCCGCCCCCGACUCGGCGCCCGGGUCCGUCGGCGCCCUCGAUUUCGAGACCGACGUCCUGGCCAGUAAAGUCUACGGCUUCCAAAAUGGCAGCGGCCUGUCCGAGUCGGAGAUGCAGAAGAUCCUCUCGACACAGCUGGGCGGCAAGGAUUCCGGGCUUCAGCUUGGCGGCGGAGUCUGGAGUAACGCCGUUCAGAAGCUUACGGGGACGGUCUUUUAAGCGUUUCUCUGGGAUGUUUUUGAGUUGAUGUGAAAGUGAAGUGAAGUGAAGAUACCACGGACUGGAUAAGGAAAUCGGAAUGGAGUUUCUGGGGACUGGGGCCUUUUUCUUUAUUUCUCUGUUAAUUAUUUUUUGUUUCGAGCUGUUUUUAUGGGUUGAUUGGGUUAUUCGGGCUACGGAGUAGUUGAUUGUGGGUUUAGGGUUUGUCAAAUUGCUGAAUACCUAUUUUCAUUUUUAUUUUAUUUCGAUGUUAGCGAUUGUUUGUGCUCUCUUUUGAGGGUCGGGUUUAGGGUCGGGUUUCUUUAGUACAG